GUUUGCUCAUCACAUCUGUAUCCAAUCUUUAAUCCCUAUACUAAGUAUUUAGGCAGAUGCCAAAAAUGCUCUCGACAUCGGAUAUAGGCCCUAUAUCCCAGCAGUAUGCUGCCGCUGCUACAGUGCCGUUAAUCAAAUCACCCUCGUUAUGGCUCCCUCAGCCUGUCGAGCUGCCAAAUGAGAUACAUCCCUUACCAGAGGACAUCACUGCCUAUUUUGUGUACCCUUUCACACUUGAAGAACAUGUCCUCUCGAUACAUCCUUCGCCACAUGAAGCCAUCGCUCUGAAACGGGCCAAGUGCGCCGAGAUCUUGCACAAAAGGGAAGAAGCAGAGGAACAAAAAGAACGAGAUAACCUCAAACGGAUUGCCCCAGGAUACAACCCAUCAUCUGUCCUGAUGCCGACAUCGGCCUCCCAUACACCAACGUCUUCCAUUUCUCAACCUCUAGUUCCACAUGGGACAGCACAGUCAGUGACGAGCCCCAAUAGUAAAUCACAGGCACACGGCCGCACAGAGAGUGAUCCGAUGGAUGAUCUGGUAGCAAGGCUGGAAGAGAUGGAGUCAAAACGGUGACCAAUGGGAUAGUUAAGAGGAUCUUGUUUGUCGCUUUUUACUGGAAGCAACUUAUCAGAAAUUGUACUUGUACGCUUGAUACGGUUGUAACAUGCAUAUUGCAUACCGG